CCCUGGGAAACGACAAAUUUUAAAAAGGUUCCAUCGUUUCCUCUCUUCGUUGUCACUCGCAAGUUGCCACCAGACAGCCAGCCAGCCGUCGCCAUUCGUCAACACUGUCCAUGUCCACCUAACACUCGCUCUCCGAACAAACUAUUCUGGGAAUCGAUGACUUCUCUUCACCGGAAUAUGUUCCUCAAGCUCCUUCUUGCUAUCUCUUUUUCUUCAUUCAUUGUAGCUCUCGGUUCCACUUCUGAGCUCGAUGACUCUCUCACCUACAUCUGGCCUUUGCCGGAGAAGUUCACUUUCGGGAAUGAUAGUCUCUCGGUGGAUCCACAACUCUCGCUUUCCGUCGCUGGAUACGGCGGAAAAUCGUCCAUUGUGUCUGAUGCAUUCGAAAGAUACAAGAGUAUCAUAUUCAAACACGUUCACAGUCCCUCCUUCUUUGACCGAUUCAGAGGCAGACUAUCGGCUUACGAUAUUACGAAGUUGAGUGUAAUAGUUCACUCUGAGAAUGAAGAGCUUCAACUCGGAAUAGAUGAGAGUUACACGCUCUUUGUUGCGAAGCACGACAGACUGUCAAUAGUCGGGGAGGCUACAAUCGAGGCAAAUACAGUUUUUGGUGCACUGCGAGGAUUGGAGACUUUCAGCCAAUUAUGUGUAUUUGAUUAUGGAACCGAGUCUGUACAAGUAUACAAGGCACCAUGGUACAUCCAAGAUAAACCAAGAUUUUCAUUUCGUGGCCUUCUACUGGAUACUUCGAGGCACUAUUUGCCAAUUGAUGUGAUUAAGCAGAUACUGGAAUCAAUGUCUUACGCUAAACUUAAUGUCCUUCAUUGGCAUGUCAUCGAUGAACAGUCCUUUCCUUUAGAAGUUCCUACAUAUCCAAACUUGUGGAAAGGUGCGUAUACGAAGUGGGAACGUUACAGCAUUGGGGAUGCAUAUGAAAUUGUCAACUUUGCAAAGGCAAGAGGCAUCAAUAUUAUGCCAGAAGUAGAUGUCCCUGGUCAUGCGGAAUCAUGGGGCGUUGGAUAUCCUGACCUAUGGCCUUCUCCCAUCUGUAGAGAGCCACUAGAUGUUACAAACAAUUUUACCUUUGAGUUGAUAUCUGGCAUUCUGACAGACAUGAGAAAAAUUUUCCCCUUUGAGCUCUUUCACUUGGGUGGUGAUGAGGUUAAUACAGAUUGCUGGAACUCUACUCCACAUGUUAAGCAAUGGCUUCAGGACCACAACAUGACUGCUAAAGACGCAUACAAGUAUUUUGUCCUCAGAGGUCAACAGAUAGCAAUUUCAAAAAAUUGGACUCCUGUCAACUGGGAAGAAACAUUCAACACAUUUGCAUCAAAUCUCGACUCACGAACUGUGGUGCAUAACUGGUUGGGCCCUGGGGUUUGUCCCAAGGUUGUUGCAAAAGGUUUUAGAUGUAUCUUCAGCAAUCAAGGCGUUUGGUAUCUUGAUCAUCUGGAUGUCCCUUGGGACAAGGUUUAUGAAGCUGAGCCACUCGAAGGAAUAAAUAAUGCUUCUGAGCAAGAACUGGUUCUUGGAGGAGAAGUUUGCAUGUGGGGUGAGACAGCAGAUACCUCAAAUGUCCAGCAGACACUGUGGCCUCGAGCAGCAGCAGCUGCAGAGCGCUUGUGGAGCAGUGAGAAGGCCAUUUCUAGUGGAAACAUUACUUUAACUGCAUUACCAAGAUUGCAUUAUUUCAGAUGCCUUCUGAACAGACGUGGCGUUCAAGCUGCUCCAGUGACAAACUUCUACGCCCGUACUGCUCCUCGCGGUCCAGGGUCAUGCUAUGAGCAAUAAUUCUCGACUGAUUCUGUGAAUUUGCUUAUCUGUAUUUAUGUGUACAAUCAUUCUCAGCAUUCUAAACGGAUUCAGUGUUGCUUGCAUCUUUUAUUUAACUUGUACAUUAAUAAUUUGUUAGCCACCAAAAAAACUGGUUGUACUGAAUGUCUGGUCACUGUGGCAUUGCUAUGUUGUGUUGUAACUUAAUCCACGGAUGUCUCUUGUUCCUAAAUUCUUCUUCAUUUUGUGUUUA